AGGCCUUGAUCGUUCGGCUUUUGUAGGGAAGGGAGCAGGACGAACAUGGCUGAAGGCAGCCGGGGCGUCCCAACGUGCAGUGGGGUGGGCGGCAGGCAGGACACGAUCCCCAGCAGCGGCGGCUGCAACUUUCCAGAGUACGAGCUUCCCGAUCUAAACACGCGCGUUUUCCACGUGGGCGCCUUCGGGGAGCUGUGGCGUGGCCGGCUGCGUGGACAAGGGGACUUGUCGCUAAAGGAGCUGCCCGCAUCCGCGCUGCCUGGGCUCGGCGGGGUCGCCGACUCCGGCCGGGAGGAUGCCGCGGUGGCCCGGGAUCUGGGCUGCAGCCUGGAGGCGGCGGCCGAACUGAGGACAAUCUGUGGCCUUGAUAAACUGAAGUGCCUUAAGGAAGGCGAGGAUCCGGAAGUCGUCCCAGAGGAUACUGACCUAGUGACUUUGGGAGUAAGAAAGAAACUUUUGGAACAUCGGGAAGAAACCAUAACGAUAGAUCGUGUCUGCAGACAAGAAACAUUUGCUUACGAAAUGGAGUCACAUGCCAUAGGGAAAAAGCCUGAAAAUCCAGCAGACAUGAUUGAAGAAGGGGAGCUUAUCCUAUCUGUGAAUAUUUUGUAUCCUGUUAUAUUUCAUAAGCACAAAGAACACAAACCAUACCAGACAAUACUGGUAUUGGGCAGUCAAAAACUCACGGAACUAAGGGAUUCAAUUUGCUGUGUCAGUGACCUCCAGAUUGGUGGGGAAUUCAGCAGCACUCCUGACCAAGCCCCUGAGCACAUCAGCAAAGAUCUAUACAAAUCAGCCUUCUUUUAUUUUGAAGGAACAUUUUACAAUGAUAAAAGAUACCCUGAGUGCAGAGAUUUGAGCAGAACUAUCAUUGAGUGGUCAGAGUCCCAUGAUAGAGGCUAUGGAAAGUUUCAGACUGCUAAAAUGGAAGAUUUCACAUUCAAUGACUUGUAUAUUAAACUGGGUUUUCCCUACUUGUACUGUCACCAGGGAGACUGUGAACAUGUUGUUGUCAUUACCGACAUAAGACUUGUGCAUCGUGAUGACUGCUUGGAUAGGACACUUUACCCCCUUCUUAUCAAGAAGCACUGGCUAUGGACCAGAAAAUGUUUUGUUUGUAAAAUGUACACAGCCAGAUGGGUGACGAACAAUGACAGUUUUGCACCAGAGGACCCAUGUUUCUUUUGUGAUGUUUGCUUCCGAAUGCUCCACUAUGAUUCAGAAGGCAACAAACUGGGGGAAUUCCUUGCUUAUCCUUAUGUUGAUCCUGGAACCUUUAAUUAAUAACCAGCAACAAAAAGUGAAAUAACUGUCCUCUUGGAUGGUUACUUUAUUUCCAAUGCCAGAGGACCAGGGUCAACCUGAAACAACCAACUAAAGUUAUCUAACCCCCCCCCCCAAUUCAAAUCACACAUUUUCUUACAAAGUAACUUGAUUGUAUUUAAAUGAUUAGAAAUAUAUUAUUUUGAAGUAUAAUCUUUAUGUAGUGCUUUUAGCCCAUUUUUAAGUAUGUUGUUUAUCUGAGUUGUAGAGUGCUUUUAUAGUCUGAAUACAAAUCGUUUGUCAGGUACAUGUAUUCUGAUUUUCUCCCAGUCUUUGGCUUGCCUAUUCCUUGUGUCCAGAAUGAUUUUUGCUAAUGAUUAUUAGCAAAAUUCAGUUACUGAUACAUCAAGCACUGGAAGUGUUUUGAAAAUUCUUUGAAGAAUGUGAGCUACACCAUGUACCAUGAGGCUUCCAAGGUAAAGAUCUUUCAAAUAUCUAAUAAAAAUGAGUCCAAGAAAAGUAGAUUUAAUAAAUAUUAAUAGCUAUUAUGUAAUUUAAUCUCAUAGUGGGCUCUUACGUUUUGGUAGAAAUGAGGCACUAAACAUUUUAGUGAGACUCACUGCAUAAUGAAUGUAAGAAGAUCUUGGAAAUAUACUCAUCUUUACAGAAGUAACAUUUAAAUGAAGCUUCAUUUCUUGACUUUUUGUAAAUCAAAAUAUAACCAGGGAGAUAUGGGAAAUCAAGAUCCUAUGAAUUGCUAGCUAGCUCUGGCUCACUUAUUCUUGGGCAAUUAUAUCCAGUAUUCUAAAUGCAAAAACAACAAAAACAAAAAACACCACUAAAGUUUUUCUGGCCCAGCUCUUCAUUCUUUGGCUCCCUUACUAUGGUGAUCCUAUUUAUUGUCUUGUCUUAUUCUGGGCCAAAGCACAACUAUAAAAUUUCAAGGUCUAGAGAGCAUCAGGGAGUAUUGUAGCUUAUGUAUACUAAAAUGUUUUCUGGGAAACUUUUUUGGUGAAAAAUUUAAUUCUGUAUUUCUGUUUAAGACUUAUAGAAAUGCUAUAAAAUGGUUCACUUUUAAA